AUGACCAAAAAAAAAAAAAAAAAGAAAAAAAAAAAGAAAAAAAAGAAUUUGUCAAUGUUUUCAAGUUGGUCCAUCUCAGUAAAGGAAUCGAGAAGAAACGAAUCUCACGCUGGUCCAGUUCACAUCAUAUUACGAUAUGUGGAUUAAUAAGACAGACACGUGGCAGCUGUAAAUAGCAAGACGCCACGACAGCAGUGAACAUUGGAGCAGUGACGUGUUCAUGUUGAGAGAAGGAUGCUUAACAGACUGCUGAGAGUGGAGAGGGUAUAUAUAAUGGGUUUAAGAAAAGAGAGGCAUACUGAGAAUUGUAUUUCCUUCGUAUCUUGAUUUGCAUCUCUCUCUUCUCUCUGUCAUCGGAUUCUUGGAGCAAUACAUCGGAGAUCAUUCUUCUUCUUCAUUUUGAUUUCCCUUGUAUUACUCUGCUUUGUUAUCCAAGGCAUCAGUUGAUUAAUCCACAUAUCAUAUUUAUCUCCAAACAUAUAUUUCUUAAAAUUUCCCAAUAAUUAAUUAAACCCCACUUUUCCCACCCAUAUCCUCAUGAUUCUAGAGAGAACGACGAUGGCAGAUGGUCGUAGUGAAGAAGUGGUGAGCAACAAGCAGGUGAUAUUGCGGGACUAUGUCACUGGUUUCCCUAAAGAAACAGACAUGUACAUUAGCACAACCUCCAUAAGCCUCAAGGCUCUGUAAGGUAUUUUUCCCCUCUGGAUCAUGUAAAAUUAUGCGUUUUGUAUUGCAUUUGGGAAAUGGGUUUGAUUCCUUUUCCUUUGAUGAAUAUUUUUGUUCAAUGGAUUGCUUUUUCCUUUUUUUCUUUUUUUCUUUAUGGUUUAAUACCCAAUUUGGUCCCUAAACUUUCAUUU